CGAUAGAGGAAACCCUGUGGCGUUUACGCCGCCAUCUUGGACAGGCAAGUUUCCCUCCUCCAGCCCAGAGGAAGCUGCAGAUCCGCUCGGAAAAGCUCACGGCGUGAAAUCAACACCACAGCCACUGAGCCACGAUGGCCACUGCACCGUACAACUACUCAUACAUUUUUAAAUACAUCAUCAUCGGGGACAUGGGGGUAGGGAAGUCAUGUUUGCUUCACCAGUUUACAGAAAAGAAAUUCAUGGCGGACUGCCCCCACACGAUCGGCGUGGAGUUUGGCACGAGGAUUAUUGAGGUGAGCGGGCAGAAGAUCAAGCUGCAGAUCUGGGACACGGCAGGACAGGAGCGCUUCAGAGCUGUGACCCGCAGUUACUACCGAGGGGCCGCUGGAGCGCUCAUGGUGUAUGACAUUACCAGGAGAAGCACAUAUAACCACCUCAGUAGCUGGCUUACUGAUGCUAGGAACCUCACCAACCCCAAUACUGUGAUCAUUCUCAUAGGUAAUAAAGCAGACCUUGAAGCCCAGCGAGAUGUGACAUAUGAAGAAGCCAAGCAGUUUGCUGAGGAAAAUGGUUUGCUAUUUUUGGAAGCCAGUGCAAAAACAGGUGAGAAUGUGGAGGAUGCUUUCCUGGAGGCGGCAAAAAAGAUUUACCAAAACAUUCAGGAUGGCAGCCUGGACCUGAACGCAGCUGAAUCAGGGGUCCAGCACAAGCCCUCUGCCCCUCAGGGUGGCCGGCUAACAAGCGAAGCACAGCCUCAGAGAGAAGGAUGUGGCUGCUAAUGACCAACACUACGUACUCGACCUUCUCAUCCCCUCUCACCUCUUCUUCUCUCCCAUCACUCCACCGGCCUUGUCCUUACCUGACCCGCAGGGGGGGUGAACAGGGGGCCGAAGAACGGAGGCAACUACACACAGGCACGACUGUUUGUGAUUCUCCCCCUCACUUCCACUCUAACUCAGUUACCAGUUUGUCCUUUAUCUUCCAUCAUGCUCUACUUGAGUUUCGGCCCAUAUCUGAUACCGGUCAGGGGUAUGAGAAGCAUCAAGGGCAUGAUGGCGGUCAGUCAGAUCAGAAAAUAUGUGAGUUCUGAGACAGUAUUAGCCGUAAUACCAAUACUCAGGAUCAGGUGUUAUGUCCAUAUUAGCAGCAAAAUCUCGUCAGAUUAACAGUGUGUAUUUUAUUAGUGUGUGUUAAUUCCUGGGGAUGUUGGAGAGUCUUGUAUCUCUCAAAGAAUGACACUUUAUGAAAAGGCACUUCCCUCACUUAAUCUUUUAAAAGAUUCCCAAGAUUUCCUCCUCACCAUCUCUUUGUGCUGGGCAUCAGUUUUCCCUUCUCGAACCAUGUCCAUUAGAACUAGAACCAGCAUCUUAUUUGUUGCCUUAUCGUCUUGAUUUAUGUUAAUAAUAUAACCAUCACUGGCUAAUCUUAUUCUGUCAGAAUUAAACAUGCAGUUUUACAUGGUUGAGACAUUUUUAUUUUAAUAUUGAUCUCAGUGUGACAGAAAAACAGCCUCGUUCGUAAAAGCAGUGUGGUAGAUGCGCUUGUUCUGGCUGUAAAUUUGACCUACCGCUGUCUUAGGCUUGUAUAGAAACGUGACGGAUCACAAAAGGUGUAAAUCUAUUGCGGUGUUAGAGGGAAGAGAUCAGUGUUGGUUUCAUGCGUUGUACCAUAUAAAACACAUAUUCAGCAGCUGUAUAUAUGGCUAACUAUGUUGGGGCAGAGUAUAUAGCAGCACUCUUCCUAUUGUACAGCAGAUACCCAGAUCACUGGUAACCCUCGGCUAGGAAAGUCUUUAACAUUUUCUAUGACUAAACGUGUGGACACGCUCUCGCUUUGCUCACAGGGUGUUCAGCUUAAAUCUUACUGCUCACCACCUCUCGGCUUCCAUGUGGCAAAAUCCUUCUGUCCGGCUCUGAAAUUCCGCUCCGCACUGGAAGUUCUUUAGAGAGGACGGAACGCUGCUUAAAGCAGAGAUGCGAACGGUUUUGUUAAGAGGAGGCGAACGUGUCUUCGUGCUCUGUCCGUCUCUUCACUGUCUCCGUAACCACUUGUGGCUGCGUCCACAUCAGUUUAAAAUGUAUAAACUUUAUACAUACGAGUACAUUUUGAAGCAGCUGCGCUAACAUUAAAAUGCAUUCUUGCGUGUAUAUGAUUAAAAUGUUGAUAUUUUGAUUUUAAUUAUAAUAAAAUAUUCUAAACAGAAAA